UCUAAAAAGGUACGAAUUGAAUGUUAAAUUCUAGAAUCUCUCGUCUACUUUCCCCUCGCCUUUCCCCACCCCGCACGUUCUCUCAACGACCCAAAUCGGGACAGAUUCUGCCUCCUCGUCGUGAUUGCUAGCUAUGCGACAAUGACGGCGUCCUGCCCGGGCGCAGCGGCUGUGCGCGCGCGCUGGACGGCGCGGUCCCUGGCCGGCGCGUUCCUCGACCUCGCCCUCGCUUGGGCCUGCCUCUGCUUUGCCACCCUCGCCUCCGCCGCCGCCCGCCUCCUGGCCCUCCUCGGCCUACCGCUCCCCUGCACCUGCGCGCGCCCGCACCUCCCCUGCCUCCUCGUCUUCCUCGCGCGCUACCCCUCCCGCGCGCUCGACUCCCUCCACGGCUCCCUCCGCUCCCGCUUCCCCUUCGCCGCCGAUGCCACCCCCACCUCCGACGACGACGACGACGAGGAGGCCGUCGAUGGAGAUCUGAGAAGGGAGGCGGAGGAGGAGCGCCAGCGGGAGGCGCAGUGCACGGAGCUGCGGCGGGAGCUCGACAAGGAGCGCAGCGCCGCGGCGUCGGCCGCCGAGGAGGCCAUGUCCAUGAUCCUGCGCCUGCAGAAGGAGAAGUCCGCACUCGAGAUCGAGGCACGGCAGCAGCGCCGGGCCGCCGACGAGCGCUGCGCCUUCUACGAGGACGAGGUGGAGGAGCUCAGGGACAUCGUGCUCCUGAGGGAGCGCGAGGCGCGCGCGCUGCGGAAGGAGGUGGACGCGUACCGCCGGCUGCUUGGCCUCGCAUCGGAGGACUACGACGACGAGGAGGAGAUGGUGACGCCUCAUAGUAUCUUCCUUGAAGGACAGCCGAGCUCAUCUAAAUCGGUCGGUACGAAUCGGGGUGAUGACAGGAUCGUGCAAUUGGGGAAUGAUUCUGUUUUCAGCUUCAAGACGCCGUUCUUGUGCGAACAGUUGGUGCCGCCUGUUCCUGCAGAUCAUGUCAAGGUGGGAAAUGACGAUAGCAUUGUUGUUCAGACACCCGGUGAAGUUCCUGUGGCCAAAUCGAAACUGGAGGUGGAGAGCUGCGAAGAUGAUGGAACUGAGACGGUGGAAAUUCCGCCCCUAUCUGCCCGGAGUUUAGGUUUCGAUCAAGGUGGUGAUUUUCAUGUUGACGCUGCAGCUGGUAUGGAAGAUACGGAGGAGGAGGCUGCUGAUGAAUUUCAGGAGGUAGAUUGUGGGAGUAUUGAUAAGACUAGUCAUGAUCAUACAGGAAGUGAGAAUGAUGCAUGUAUCUACGAUGUGCAUGUAGUUGAUGAUAUAUGCGUCUCGACAGAAGUUAAGGGCUUGAUUGGCCGAAGCUACUCAGAUGCAACAAUCCAAGCAGAAAAGUUGCAGACUCGUGCUGCUGCAGAUGAUCUCCUGGGGAAAAGUCUGAAUGCCAUUAAAGGUGCACAAGACAAGAUAAGGGUUGUGGCAAGUGAAAGGAGGCGGUCAUUACAGUUGGAACUCUUAGAGGACAUAGCUAAUCAACUUCAAGAAAUCAAGGAGGCUGCAGAAACAGGGCGACACAUGUACCGUGCUUCUCCUAAAAAUUCCAAGAAAAACUAGGACAGGCAUACAGGCAUAUCAUGUCAUGAAAACAUGGCUGUUGUUGUAAAGCUAAUCUCAUGAAGAUGUGGGUAUUUGACAUAUUGUAUACUUUCUGCAGGACAGGCAUAUCACGUCAUGAAAACACGUCUGUUGUUGUAAAUAUUUAUUUUGGUUUGUAGUCUAGUUUGUUCAUUUUGUUCAUCAUUAAGGUUUGUUCGUUCUUUUGAAUAAGUAUCGAUUGUAAUUGUGUACGUGUACAUAAACAUCAGAUCCAUUUCAUUUUUUUUAUAAUCCUGUGAUUCUGUCUGCUAUACAUGUACAUAAACAAUAGGAGAUCCAUUUCAUUGUUUGUA